AUGGAUGCAGAUUCACCACAAGACCCUCCAUUACCAGGUUAUUCCAUACCCAUUAGAGCUCCCCUUACUAUUGAUUCAGAUUCUGAGUUUCAUAUUUAUUCAAGAACCAGUAGUUUUAACAGCAGUAGUACUAGUAUUGAUGUUAGUAGCUAUGGUGAUGAACAUACUAGCAUUCUUGAAGAAGAAAGUAGUGAUUUUGUUGCAUACCCAGGUGAAAAUUUUGUGAUUGAAAGGUCUCAUGUUGAAGAGUCUUUAUUUAUUAGGCCUUUUGUGAGAUACCCAGAUGAACAUUUUAGUGAUUUUAGGCCUUUUGUGAAAAUCCCAUGUGAAGAAAGUAGUAGUGCUGAUUUUGGACCUUUUGGUGUUAAGUUGAGUGUGCCGAUAGCGCCAUUGACCGGAGACGGUGACAGUGAUGGUGAUUCGGUUGGCGGUGGCCGGUGGGAUGAUGGGAUUUUGCAGAAGGUUACUAUGGCCCCUAAAGUUAGAAGCUUUAUUAGUGAUGAAGGGGGUGAUGAGUUGCAUGUUGAGGGUGUGUUUUCUGGUGAUGAUAUGAUUGACGUUGCAAAUUUGAAUUCCGUUUCAACUGAAUCGGUUGAAAACGAGGGGUGUAAAGUUGAGUGUUUGGAUGAGGUUCUGAAGAUUUCUGAGUCGGAUGCAACGAGCUUUGAUUUGGAAAGAAUCGAUGCUUUGACUGUUUCGAGUUCAUACAACGAGAUUGAAACGAAACUAUCAGAAUCGUAUGAACUGAGCUUUGAUUCGGAAAGAAUCGAUGCGCGGAUUGUUUCAAAUGCAGAUAGCAAGAUUGAAAAUUUAGACUUUGUUUCAACUGAAUCGGUUGAAAACGAGGUAUGUAAAGUUAAGUGUUUGAAUGAGGUUGUGGAGCUAUCUGAGUCGGAUGCAUCGAGCUUCGAUUUCGAAAGAAUCGAUGCACUGACCGUCUCGAGUUCAAACAACGAGAUUGAAAACGAAAGAAAACUUUCUGAAGCAGAUGAAUUGAGCGUUGAUUCGGAAAGAAUCGGUGUGCAGAUUGUUUCAAGUUCGGACAGUGAGAUUGAAAAUUUAAGUUAUGUUUCAACUGAGGCGGAUGUAUUGAGCUUUUUGGAAAAGCUCGAUAAAAAGAUUGAAACUAUCAAAGAGAAACUUUCAGAAUUAGAUGAACCGAGCUUUGAUUCCGAACGAAUCGAUACACAGGUUGCUUUGCAUUCAGACCGUGAAAUUGAAAUUAUCAACGCGAUACAUUCGGAACCAGAUGAACGAAACGUUUCAAAUUCAGACAGUGAGAUUGAAAUCAAAACCAUCAAAGAAAGCGAACAAGUUGCAAGCAAAAACGAUGAAGAACCGCUAAAGACAAUGCAACGGAUACGGACAAAGUUUUUAAGGCUUGCCUUCAACGAACAGUUGUCCACGGGAGUCAACCGAGAAGGCGGUAACUAUAACUUUGACUUUGCUUUGACCAUUUUAGCUAUCGGAAAGACCGGUGUAGGUAAAAGCGCAACGAUAAAUUCCAUUUUCGGUGAAAACAAAACAGUCACAAACGCGUUUGACCUCGGUACAACCACCAUACAAGAAAUUACCGGGAAUGUAGACGGGAUCCAGCUUCGAGUGAUCGACACACCGGGCCUCAAAAGUUCCUACCUUGACCAACCAUAUAACCAAAAAGUUUUAAAGUCUAUAAAAGGAUUCACUCGGAAACACGCCCCGAAUGUUGUGCUGUAUGUUGAUAGAUUAGACACGCUCGACGUUAACGAUUCACACCUUUUAAAGUCGAUCACGAGGUCACUUGGUUCUUCGGUGUGGCAGAGUUGCAUCAUUGCACUAACUCAUGCAGGUUGCGAUCUGUCUAACGAGUCACCAAAUGGGUACGUGAUCCGAAGAUGUCGUUUUAUACAAGAACAGAUUGUUGGUUUUGGAGGUAAUAACCGACGUGUGGCUAACCCCGUGUGGCUCGUUGACAACCACCCGAGUUAUAAACAUAAUGUUAUGGAUCUGGGUUGUGAUUUAAAGGGUUUAGUUUGUUUAGAUCAAGCAGACGGAGGUGAUGGGAGUGAUAUAUUUCAACCAUUGGAGCUGUUGAGCGUGCCACGAAACGUUAUUAACCGUAGCGGGGAGCGUAGAGACGCGUAUUUGACCGAAGACGGUUAUCAGGUGAAGCUUGUUGGUAAUGAUCACUGGUCUCUUGGAUGUCGAUUGUUCUUGUAG